UUGAAUAUUUGCCGGAGGGGGAUUCUAUGGUGACGAUACGUCUGCUAAGGUGUUGUGCUGACUGAUUUAUCAACAUAGAAGUCUACAUAAAAGGGCACUACUACACUUCGUAAUUGCAUACAUGAAAUUAGACAAAAUAUAUAUGAUGAAACUACGAUAUGUAAAGGGGAAAUAGCGACAUAAAGAUUGGUGAAAGUUCUCAAUAUCAGAAUGGUGACAAGAAGGGGGAUAUUCUCCUGAUUUAUGUCACCAACAACCCCAAUCAAGCAAUCUACAUGUCCGUAAAUGGUUCGAUGUAGCAGCAAAAGACCUCAUAAAUAUCAGUCUCAUAAUAUAAUCGAAGCACUCUUAUCUCCAUUUCAAUCCAGUGGUAUCUUAUGUAGAGUUAAUUGCCUUGGAAAACCUUGUUGGGCAUCCAUAACGAGUGUUGUAGCUAUCCUAAUCGAUGCAGCUUCAUAACCUCAUUUAAUACUCUAGGACUAGUUUCGUUAUCGUAUAAUGUGUUGGUGUAUUUAAUUUGAGUACUCGGACUUAGACAGCUAUGGUUAGAAAUCAUUUAUCUCUUCCACCUUAAAUGACACAGGGAUCAACCGUACAAUACACAUAUCUUACGAUGAGUGGCAAGAUAUCAUGCCUACACCAAAGAUAAUGAGAGCUGCUGAGUAGUGACUAACGAGCUUUUUAUAUUUGUACUAUGAUUUCGUCAAUAACUUCACUCCACUAAGACUGACUCAGCUCUUCAAAUAGGUGAAGUAGUCAACACAUUUAACCAUUUUGAUCGUUAUCUUUAAACUAAGAGUCAGUGUAGUUCGCCCUUAUAUUUGACAGAGGUGAAUCUCAUGUGAAACACUCCUCGAAUUUCACUAAAGGCUUAACAAACAUUAUUGAAGUAUUGUAAUGGUUUGUUCACCUGGUUCUCAAAGAUCUGUGAGCAGGGGUACAGUUCACAGUCGUAGUAGAAGUCGUAGUCAAUCUAGAAGUGGUAGUAUUCAACGAAGUUAUACACAUUCUAAUCAUAGUCGGUCGCCAAGCAGAUCAUUUUCAAGACACAGUUCUCAUUCUCAUCGAAGUGGUAGAUCAGGAAGUCGUUCUCACUAUUCUCGUUCUCGAUCACAUUCUGAUCAUCGGCAUUCCAGAUCAUGGACUAGAUCACGUUCACGUACGCGCGAUAGAUCCGCGUAUUCUUCACGUUCAAGAUCAGUUAGUCGUUCAAGAUCAAGGUCUAGUUAUCGUGGUAGUCGAAGAAAAUCAUUUUUCAGAAGUAGAUCACGGAGUUGUUCAUAUCAUUCUGAUGCACCUUCACGGUCUCGAUCACAUACACCCGCUUCAAGAAAUGUUUCGCCGAGUAGUAAAGGUGGUAGAGAUCCAAGAGAUCGUUCAAAGCGUGCACAAUGGACAAAUAAUAUCUGGUUAGUUGGUGAAAAAGCCAAGGAUACAGUAUUCCAUUUCUGUGAUAUAUGCGAUUUACCGAUUGUCAUCUACGGACGACUUCUUCCGUGUAAACAUGUUCUGUGUUAUACAUGUGCAAUGAAUAUAAUGAAUAAAUGUAAAAGAUGCCAAAAAUCUGUACAGACUGUUGAACGUUGUUUAGUUGGUGGAAUAUUCAUGUGUUUCGAGAGUGAUGCCUGUCGGCGUACUUAUCUUAGUCAACGUGAUCUACAAGCGCAUAUUGAUCAUCGUCAUCGAACUGGAUUAACCAGUGGAAACGGUGGUGUUACAGUCACUACAACAGCUAACAACAAUAGUAAUGAUAAUAAUAAUAAUAAUAGUAAUAGCAAUACUAAUACAUCAAUGUCGGAGACUAUCAUUUCUGUUACUAGUCAACAAAUGAAUUUCUCAGAUGGUGGAACAUCUCUACUUCCUGGUGGUGUGAAGACAACAGCAACACCAACCAAUAGCCAUACGGUAACGACAACCAUACCUAUGCUAGAUAAGAUAACAGUUUCCAAUGCUCAAAUGUCUUUGUUAGGCCCAUCACCAAGAAUGAUUAUGAAUACAAUGAUUCCACCAAAUUGUACAACAACUCCACCGAAUAUUUUUAUUAAUAGUCAAAAAAGUGGUGGACUUUUACCAUUGCCGCCUACACAAACUACACUACCUGUUGCCGUCUCUUCAUCAUUACUUCAUUCGACAAGACCUCCUAUGCCCAUGCCUAGUGCUGCCGGUUCAUCUAUUGGCAUAAUGAAUCGACCGGCUGGAAUAAAUAAUCCCUCUGUUAUUGGAAGUAAUAGUAGUGGUGGUGGUAACCCUAUUGGCCCUGGUAAUUUCCCACAUCUUCAAUCAUUCGCUAAUUGUCCUCCACCGACAAUGCAACCAUCAUCUCAACCUAUAGGUCGACCAAAUAUGCCACUACCCCAACCAGCACCACCGUCAACAUUUCUGGCUAAUUCACUUCCAGGCGGGCAGUUGUCGUCGUCGACACAUAAUCAAAAUUUCAAUGGUGCUUCUGCAGUGGCUGCUUUAGCCGCUGUCGUUUCUGCAGCUAUGUCAGCGGUACAGUCGAAAAACACCGGUGGUGGCAGUACUGGUGGGAUAGGCGGGACAAAUCUACCUGGAGGAAUUCAACAACAGCCGUUGACUAAUAGUCAGUUACAGCAACACAAUUCAUUGAAUGUAAUUACAAAUGCUCUGAGAGCAGCCAAUCCGAAUUGGAAUGCAAUGAUGGCAAAUGCAUUGAACAAUAGCACUAAUAAUAAUAACAACAACAAUAAUAACAGCAAUCAUCGUCUCAAUACUACUAACAAUGCUGGUAAUAAUAAUAGUAGUAGUAAUAAUAAUAAUAACAAAAAUAAUAAUAACAAUUUCAAUCCCAGAUGUUUACCAUUUCAGUAGUAUGUGGAUAAACACAAUAUACGACCGCCAUUGAACAUGAUGAAAUGAGGAUGUAAUGAAGACAGAAAAGCAAAAUGUAUAUAAUUACUUUAUUAUUAUUAUUGCUGUUUCUUUCUUUAUCUUUUUUAAUUUUUGUGUAUUUUUGUGAAAUUAACUAAUUUUAAUCUUCCCUUCUCUAUUGUUUUAAUGUUUCUUAUAUCUUGUAUGUUUCAUAACUGUAUUUCCUAGCCUUGUUUGGUCUUCUUCUGUAGUAUAAAAAAGAGAGUAUUCAUCGAAGAGAGAUUGUU